GUCAACCAUCUAAAAAGUUUCCUAUGCACUUCUUAAACAGCAAGCAAUAAUAUGGCAAUGUAUGCACUGACAUUAAUAGAAAUGAAAUUAAGAAUACACAUUGACAUUUUUUAUAUAUACACAAAAACAGCACAUGCAAGUACUUAUUUAACUGUUAUAAGUGUUCAAGUUUGAUACAGUUGCAUAAAGAAAAACCAGUAUAUAUAAAUCCAUCUAUGUUCCUUAAAAUGACAAAAAGCUCAAAUCAGGAGUUAGUAACUCUUGAGAGACGGAUUACUUAUCAACUUCUGGUUCCACACCGCGUGACAUCAGGACAUCAAUGAUCUUUUUCAUCACAGCUCCAUGUCGACAUGGAUGAACAGAAGCAUGCUUCCAGGUAAGUGGGGAUGAUCCUCAAUACAAUAGUAACCUGUAUCCCAGUAAUCAGCACAACUAGAACUCUUAUUAGAAUUAAAAUGGUCUCACACUCAAGAAAAAGGCACAAACAAAAAACCUUUGCAGGAUAACAGAGGCUGGCCACAUGAAAAACGAAAAGGGAAAAUCACAAAUUGAAAAAUAAGGUAGAAGGGGUUCAAUAAAUAUUUUCCAACCAAGUGAUGUCUUAAAAAGGUAGCUCAUGAAUCAUGAUCUGCAACACUUGUACCAAAGAUGGAUGGGUCGACUAUUUCAGUUACACUCAAAAAGGCCCAGCUUAUAGGUUUCAGCUAAUGGAAGCACUAAAUAACUCAAAUGGAUUAGU